AUGGCUGUUCUUUUUGUGGUAUAUAUACCAAUCGAAGAUGUUAGUGAUCCGACUGAGGAUGACAGCCAAGAAAAAAACAAGAAAAUAUUUGAGAUUGAACCUGCCUUUAACAGUGUAGGAGACUAUGGACUACCAAGAGUUGAUUCCAAACAAAAGUUUCGUGAGGUGCCUAGUGUUACAGAUAUUGCAUGUGCUCAACAACAACAACAACAAUUGCAGCUACAGCAGCAGGAAAAUAACAUAAAAGUACUGCAGGGGUUGCCAACAGCAACCCAACAAAAUGAAGAUAUUGAAUAUGCAUCAGAAAGUAAACCUCUCCUGGAAAUAACACCAAAAUCAGUAUCACCUAGCAAACUUCCCAAAUCUGCUUCCAGCAACGUUCUUAUGGAUCGUAACCAGCAACAACCUCAACCACAAAUGACUACAACAACUACCACAACAACACUACAGAGUGCCGAAAAUAACAAUACAUUACCAAAAAGUUUUUACAGAGAAAUUCCAGGAAGUCGAUUUAAAGUUUCAAUUGCUGCUGAAAAUCCUGCAAAGCCCGCAUCUGCAGCGAUGACAACCUCAACAAAUGAAGUUGCAAAGUUUCCAAGGAGAGAAUCAACAGUUCCCAGUGACAUGUUCAAUGAUGAUUCUGUUGAAUUCAUUAAAGAAGUUAUCACACUGAAAGAGCUUCAAAUUUUAAUCUACAGUAACCUAAUCUCAAUUGGAAUCACAGGGUAG